AAAUUAUUUUUAAGAGCGUCAGUUGCAUUGAGCUUUAAGAAUGAUUUGGUUUAAGCUUCUCUGUUUGCUGCUGUUGCCAGCGUUUUUAAUAAAAUCAGUGAUGUCAACUGGCUUUGCACAGGAACACAUUCUCAACCAUGAGGUGGACCCGGACCCGGAUCGCGUCAAGUACAUUUGGAAUCCGUUUCCGGGCUUCUGCGGCGAGAAUGCCACCAUGAUGCGGUGCGCUGGAGUCUGUCCCGAAACCUGCGCCUUCAAAUCGCUCAAGUGCCCCAGUUUCUGCGGUGUGAAUUGCGUAUGCAAACCGGACUAUGUCUUUGAUGAAAAACUGCAGCUGUGCAUCUUGAAAUCUGACUGCUCUCCGGAUAUAAAACAGAAAAUUGUGCAAACUUAUCGUGUUUUUCAAUAG